CCUGGCUCUUGGGUCCCAGCAUAUUCAUGCCAGUUUUCGAAUGCACAUUACUCAAGUUCGACUGACCCCCCCAUAACCACAAGGCUAUUACGAAGCAAUGGAAGACGAACAAUGUGAUAUUGUGGUGGUAGGCGCGGGCAUUUAUGGCAUAACAGCGGCUGCUGUUUACCACAGACUCCAUCCAGGGGCCAGGUUGGUUUUGUUGGAAGCUUCUCAAGCAAUUGGUGGCCCAUGGGCUCCACAUCGAAUCUUCCCCGGGCUACGAACCAAUAACCUAUGGGGCACCUAUGAAAUCCCAGAUUUUCCAAUGGACGAGGAAAGAUUCGGCGUCAAGAAGGGGGAGCACAUUCCGGCCGACAAAGUGCACCAGUAUCUCGAGGCUCUAGUUAAAGAGAGCGAUCUGACAUCCUCCGUUCGCCUGAACACUAAAGUGCAGACAGCUGAAAAGAGUGGGCGAGAUUGGAUUCUGCACUGCAAGUCGAUUUCUGGAAGCGGAGAGCGACUAUACAAGAUACAUACGCCCAAACUCAUACUCUCCACAGGGUUGUCAAAUCGCCCGUCGAUGCCCACGUUUCCAACGGCAGGAUCUUUUGAACCUCUUGUUAUUCACUCGGACAGCUUUGCAACUCACUUUAACGACAUUGUCAAGCCGUCCACCUCCACGCUGAUCAUAGGCGGUGGAAAGUCCGCAUGGGACAUAGCAUAUGCCUGUGCGACACAACCUAACUCUACGGCGACCAUGUUGAUCCGACCCAGUGGAAAGGGUCCCAUCUGGAUGUCGCCUCCUUACGUGACGCCUCUGAAACUGUGGCUUGAAAAGCUCGUGUUUACACGUUUUGUUGGGCUUAUGUCUCCAUGUCCAUGGGCCUCUGAUUCUGGGUUCGAAGGUAUUGCACGCCGAUUUCUGCAUCGAACGUGGUUCGGGAGGAAGAUUGUGGCUGCAUUUUGGAAUGUGCUGGGGGAAGACGUUGUGUGUCUAAAUAAAUACAACGAACAUCCGGAAACGAAGAAGCUGAGGCCUUGGCGUGACGCCUUCGAAGUUGGAACUGCAUUAAGCAUUCUCAAUUACCCAACGAACUUCUUCGACCUGGUGAGAGACGCGAAAAUCAAAGUCAUCAUUGGCGAAGUGCAGGGUUUCGAGAAGUCCACGGAAGUGCGAUUGACGACUGGUGAAGCCCUGGACGUCAAUGCAGUGGUCUGCGCCACAGGUUGGGAGACAAACCCUUCUAUUGAAUUCAUACCAUCUAGCAUUAAGGAAACACUGGGCCUUCCAUCAGCAGGCAAACCCGCGGAUCCAAAAGAGAAGGCGCUGAUUAAGCAGGUAGAAGAGGAAUUGUACAACCGUUACCCUAUCCUAAAACAAAGAGACUCGAGUAAGAAACAUCAUCCAGACCCUGCGCAGCGCCAAUCGACCCGAGACCUAGGCGAAGGGAGUGACGAGCAACCUUACCGCCUUUUCCGUUUUAUGGUUCCCCCGUCAGAUAUUCAGGACCGCUCAAUCGGUUUUGUUGGGGCAAUGAUGACGCUUGGAACUGCGCCAUGCGCCUAUAUUCAAGCACUCUGGCUCGCUGCCUACUUUGACGGGACACUCCCACUCCCUACCUCCAAAUCACCCUCCGAGAUCAAGUAUGACACAUACCUCGAGACCCAGUAUUGCGCACUUCGGCACGCAAUGGGAUACGGAAACAAAUUCCCUGACUUGGUUUUCGACUCCCUGCCCUACUUUGACGUCCUUCUCCGUGAUCUGGGCUUUGAGGGAAAACGAAAGGGGAGAUUUACAACCGAGUACUUCGGAAGUUAUGGACCUGAAGAUUAUCGCGGUCUUGUCGAUGAGUGGCAAAAGCGGAUAACAGAGCAGAAGAAGAAAGCAGACUAGGGUGGACGAUGCGUCACUUCAACAGUGUGAAAAGCGGAUAGGCAACCAGG